UUUAGUUUAUUUUUUUUUUCCCAAAAAGAAGUCUUAAUCGUUUCGUUUAAAUUUUUAUUUUCCUCAAAAACUCUUAUAACAUAAUUUUUGACUUUUCCAUUCAACCCAAUAAGUAUGUCAUAAGUUAGAAAUAAAAGAAAACCACACAAAAGAUGAGUUUAACUUAAAUGUUUGAACACGAAACCAAUAGAUAGAAUGGUUUGAGAUAAUAGAAAAAAACCCCCACCUUAUUAAUGUUUUUUUAGUAAGAUAGUAAUAUAAAUACAUGGAAUUAAACUCUUCUAGUGGUGACACAUCCUCAGCUCAAAAUACACUAAAAACAUUCCUAACUACAAGUGGGGAAGAAAUUUCUAUAUCAAGAAGUUGUAGCUCUGUGACAAAUGCUGAGUGGUUUGCUUAUACUUAUACUAAAUCAGGAACCAGAUUGGAAGACACAAAAGGAGAACAGAAUAUUUUGAGGGUUAGUUCUAAGGAAGACGUCAACGCUAUCUUUUCUCCACAAGGAUCUCCUCAUAUAUUUACAGAAUACACUCACGACAUAACAAUAGCCUCCGCUACUGGUGAAGUUAGUCCUCUAAGAAUCAAAUGCCCUCUGAAAGAUGUUUGGAAGUAUGCAAAACCUUUAACAGAGGAUACAUUAACAUCCGAUCAUGAAUUAGACUGUCCAUAUUCUAGCGAUAUUCAUUUCAUACAUAAACGUUACCCCGCAGCUGUUUUUCUAGAUGAUUGCAAAGGAAAUAAUGUAGGAAAAAGUUGUAAAAAGGCUAAACAUGAUCAUAAUGAUGAUUGGCUCAAUUUUAUUUACAACCCUAAGAAAAAUACAGUAGAAACCAAUAAGUAUACCUCCGAAUUACCAAAUUCAAGUCACCACAAUUUCGAUUCUAUGUUUGUGAAAAUGUCGAACGACCAUAAUGACGGAACAAGCCGACUUCUUUCAUCUAUAUUGUCUAGUUCUGCCUUUAGCAAAUGUCCACUAAAAGCUUCUGGGGUAAACGAGUUUAUAAAAGACAUUAGUUCAGUAUUAAUCGGUCUAUCACACAGAAACAUAAGUAGAGUGCUAGACUUUUACCUAGACUGUGAUCAGGAUAUUAAAUCACCUUGUACAGAAAGGCCUUACUCCAUUGUGUCUAAAAAAGAGUCUGAGACAAAUGUUCUAGAUGCUACGAAAGGAAUGAGGCUAAUAAUGGUGACUGAGUUUCACCGCGCUCCUUCAUAUAGUAAUAAUUACACAUCCUUCAAAUAUCCUAAUCCCAUUACUCUUGAAACGUUGGUGAAUGCCAAAAAUCCUUCCCUACUACCAGAACAUGUAUCAAGAUAUUAUUUCGCUCAAGUCGUUUCGGCGGUGAGAUACUUGCACGACAAGGGUCUGGUCCACAGGAGUCUUAAUUGCCACAAUAUUUUAUUAAGCUUGAGCAACGAGGUCAAGAUUAUUGGGCUAGAAACGGCUAGGAGGCACGACAAAGAUUCAUAUGCUUUAGUUUGGGAGCUCUGCAACCACGUAGGCUAUAGGUGUCCUCAGAUGAUUAAAUAUAAUAUCUAUAAUCCUAGAGGGGCUGAUGUAUGGGCUCUAGGUAUUAUACUUUUUAGAACUACAUUUGGCAGGCUACCACUUUUCGUGCGGUAUAAACCGGUGAGAAAAGUUUCAAAAAAUAAUUACCCUACAAAUAUAGAGGACGAGUGUCUCGUUGAUAAGAUGGAUGUAGAAGAAGUUAAUUAUGAGGAUCAAAUCGAUCAAUUAAGUGAAAGCCCUAUAACAAACACGUUUAUGGAUUCUGGACAAAUAGAUGAUGAAGAUGGAACAUAUGUUAUUGAAUUAGAUGAAAUCGAAAUGUGCAAAAAACUAAAGUUUCCAGAAAACGUAGAAAUUUCGUCCGAUCUCAAAGAUCUUAUGUUAGGUGCUCUACAAGCUGAGGAAUCGCAUAGAUCCACGAUUAACAAAAUAUCGCAUAGCGAUUGGUUGCUUUUUCGAGGAUCACCGUUAGGCGACUCAUCAAUUAAGACCGAACAUAAGAAAUCCAAUAUAGAUAGCACCCAUAACACUCUACCACCGAACAUUGAAUCGACGUACAACAAGUUAGAGAUUUUUUUGAAGCAAGAGUCCUCGGAUCCGAAUAAAAAUGACAUCGUUUAUAACACUGCCGCGAACAAAAAAGUCGAUCUCAAAUGUCAAUCGUCCAUCAAAACCGGUUUUGCCGUGAGUAACUAUCAUUUGAUCAAACAACCCACCAAAAUUGAGAGUAGUCUCGAUGAAAUUAAAUUCAAGAAAUCUUGGUUGAUAUAAAAAAAUAAAAUAAUAAUAAUAAUCUGAAGAAAAAAAGAUGGAGAAGAA